CGACGCCGGUGCUGAACAGUAUAAUUCCCAUUUGCUGCGAGUUCGCGCGCGGGAGAUCUCAGUGGCUGUCCUUUGGCGGUCUUGUUAUUAUAAUUCGAUCGCAGGUCCGUGUUGUUCCAGAAUAAGCGUGAGAACACCCGGAACGAUAAGGAGCGGCGCACGGGAAGCGAGAAAACGCGCAUUCUCUCGUCCGGCAUUAUUGUGGAUCUGGCAUUGGCAAAACUCGGUGCGACUGACGGAAACGGCAAAGGCGUAAAAACGACUGGAUUCUUUCCGCCGAUCUGAUCUCUCUGGCGAAUCGCUUAGGCAAGAUGGCGGAACUGCAGGGCACCCCGGGGGCACAGGACGCCCUGGCUGUGGCGCAGCUCGAGCUCGAGGGGAAUCCGAAUGCCUUGGCGCUGCGUAGACCGUUCGAUCCGGUGGCGCAUGAUCUCGAUGCAUCCUUCCGUCUGACGCGUUUCGCCGAUCUAAAAGGAUGAGGGUGUAAAGUCCCUCAGGAGAUUCUUGGGAAGCUCCUUGAGGGACUACAGGCCGAUGACGCGUCCGCACAGGAUCAUGAGCAUGCCCACUUUAUGCACAUGGCGAUUCCCCGUAUCGGCAUUGGCAUGGAUUCCUCUGUAACACCAGUACGACAUGGCGGGCUAAGUCUGGUGCAAACCACAGAUUUCUUUUAUCCGCUAGUCGACGAUCCUUAUAUGAUGGGUAAAAUCGCUUGCGCAAAUGUCCUCAGUGAUUUAUAUGCGAUGGGUGUCACGGACUGCGACAACAUGCUGAUGCUAUUGGGAGUUAGCACAAAAAUGACGGAGAAAGAGCGUGACGUUGUUGUGCCAUUGAUUAUGAGAGGAUUCAAGGAUUCUGCUUUAGAAGCAGGUACUACAGUGACUGGUGGUCAGACGGUUGUUAAUCCUUGGUGUACUAUAGGUGGUGUUGCUACUACUGUUUGCCAACCAAAUGAAUAUAUCGUACCAGAUAAUGCUGUUGUGGGAGAUGUUCUGGUCUUAACAAAGCCUCUCGGUACGCAAGUCGCCGUCAAUGCACAUCAAUGGCUUGAUCAGCCUGACCGUUGGAAUAGAAUCAAGCUUGUGGUUAGUGAGGAGGAUGUGAGGAAAGGUUAUCAACGUGCAAUGGAUAGUAUGGCCAGGUUGAAUAGGACAGCUGCUAGAUUGAUGCACAAAUAUAAUGCGCAUGGAGCCACAGACGUUACUGGCUUUGGCCUUUUAGGACAUGCUCAGAAUCUAGCUAAACAUCAAAAGAAUGAAGUUUCCUUUGUUAUCCAUAAUCUGCCUGUUAUCUCCAAAAUGGCAGCAGUGGCAAAGGCAUGCGGCAAUAUGUUCCAGCUGUUGCAGGGCCAUUCAGCUGAGACAAGUGGCGGUUUGCUUAUCUGCCUUCCUCGAGAGCAGGCUGCAGCAUAUUGUAAAGAUAUCGAGAAGCAGGAAGGCUAUCAGGCGUGGAUUAUUGGCAUUGUGGAAAAGGGACUUCGCACGGCUAGAAUAAUCGAUAAGCCGCGAGUGAUCGAAGUUCCUGCUAAAGAGAAGGACGGCGAGCUUUGGUAAAAAAAGUAAUGAUAUACUAAUAGUAAUAAAAAAGCCCAGAGAGACAUUUAUAUGCCUCCUCGAUUACACCUAUGUUUAUAUACUUGGAAAGUAGCACGCAUUCAACGAGCGCUUUUAUAUAUAUGUACCUUAUGUAUGAAAAGAAUUAUUUUAGUAUCUACACUGAUAAAAAGAAAUUACAUUUUUUAAUCACUAUUAACGUUCUGAUUAUCAAAUCACGAAAAGUAAAAACUAAUCUAUUACAUUACAUAAAUUGUUUAACGAUUAAUUCAUUGCAUGGCUUAUGUGGAAUAACUUUUUGUGAUUUAAUAAUCGAUUAAUAGCAACAUUGCGAUACCAUGUCAAUAUUUUUUUCAAAGUAGACUUUUUAUUCGUAUUAUACAAAAAGGUAUACUAUUUUUUUUCUCUUUUUUUUUGUUUUCUUUCCGUAUAUUUUUUACUCUAUUUAAAACCAAUUGCAAGUUUAAAGAUUUUGUUCAAAAUAUGUAAAAACCGAAAAUAUGUUUAAUAUUUGUAAGAUUAAAUUAAAGUAAUGCAUUUUAAGUUCUUAGAUUAAGAAGCUUCAAAAAUUGCACCCGAAUAAAUACAACAAUGAAUAUGCUGAAGUUGCGCUCGCGGUGUUAUGAUGUUUGAAAAAGAUAUCGAGACUAUCGCUGAUGAUUAAUAGCAAUCUAUAAAGUAUAUUUUACAAGUUACAAAAACUGACAAAACUUAUAAAUUUGAGUAGUAUACAUUAUCGGAGCAAACUCUGAACAAUUGUAAAUUAAUUCUAACAAAUACGGUGAUUAAAACAAAAUACUGUCGCAUAAGUAGUGUAUACACAGUGACAGACUUACAAUAUCCAAUUGGUGAUUCAAUAUUUGAAUGGAAUACAAACACAAAUAUGGAGUCCAAAAGAAUAAAGGCCUUCUAAUUGUCUCUCAUAUACAUACGCUUUGAAUAAUUCUCAAAAAAAAAUGUUAAGCACAGGUCCUAAUGUUGUAUUACUUUUUCAAUACUUUUUAAAUAAAAAAACUACUUUGUCAAUAAAA